UCCUUCAGUGGUUUAACUGCAGCAAGUUGGGCGCGCAACACGAGAGCACGUCGUAUCACGAACAAGACCUGACCUUUAGGAAACUGCUAUCUCCAACGAAACAACGCCACAGUUUCUGGAUAGACCUGAUUCUGUUCUACAAUGUUAAUCUAUUUGUACCUUUGCGCGCUGUGGAUUUUUUAUGAAGUGGCUCCAGCGACAAUAUCCCAGAUCCCUAAAGCUAGCACGGUGAUGGUGGGAACAGAUAUCACAUUCGAAUGCGUUACCAGCGAGGUGCCGAACAAAGCAAGUCUGAUUGUAAAUUGGUGGAAACUUGGUGAUGAAGGACUAUUACAACCAAGUUCCCAUGGCAGAAAACAGGUUAUUCCGUUUGAAAACGAUAGGAGUUUGCUCAAAAUCCUUGAUGUCCGUGUCGCCGACUCUGGGAUAUACUACUGUAGUGUAGUUCAGCAAACAAAUGAGAUUGUGAAAGGAACCGGAUCCAGGCUUGAGGUGCACGCUUCUCCAGAACCUGUCAGCCUUUCCACCAAAGCGCCGGAAACAAACUCGUCCAAUCUCGUCCUCGUGUGCAAGACAGGAGAGUUUUACCCGGAUUCUCUCACCUUCACUUGGUAUAAAAACGACACCAACAUUGAGACUGGUAUCAGCACUAGUAAAAUCCUGAACUCAAACGGAACUUAUGCAGCGUCCAGCAGCUUGCAAACAUCGCAGCCGUCCGGCAGUGGCGCUUUGUACACCUGUCUGGUAACCCACCGCACACUUCAGAGUCCAGCUAUGGCUAUUUACGUUGAUGCCAGUUUUAAUCCGGCCAAAGAAAAAACACAGCUGUUCCUCGUGGUUUUUGGAUGCACAUUGAGCGUAUUCGUUUGCCUUACCGUCAUAGUUCUCAGUCGGAGAAAAUGCCAAUUCCGUAAACAGGAAGUUAUUCCAAAUCUAAUGUAA